AUGGUUAAAACGGAGCCUGCAGACCAAAGCACGGGGCGAAAACUGACACCUGCAGUCCAGUGCGCAGGGCAAAAACCAACCGCCUGCAGCCCAGACGCAGGGAACAAACCGUCCGCAGGUCAGCACACUCACCACCACGCACGCCAGAAGACGAGGGAAAAGCAACGGGACGACGCGGCACCGCCAAUCGGAGGCAGGAACACGCACAGACCCCCGCACCGGCCAGACCGUCUGCACGCAGCAGCAGACCACAACGAGACGACCAGCAGCGAGUCCGCGGAGGGACCUCGCAAAGAGUAG